AGAACAAAAUGGCGGGUGUUUCCUAUUCAACUUGUUUCCUACUUUCAUUUUAUUCCAUGCAAGUCGUUAUAGCAGAUUAUCCAUUUCGGAACACAUCUCUGUCUUACGUUGAACGAGUUGAAGAUUUGGUUUACAGACUAAACGCAUCUGAACUCAUACUACAAAUGUCGAAGGGCGGAGGAGGGAAGAAUGGCGGCCCAGCACCACCGAUACCCCGCCUUGGUAUCGGCCCUUUUCAGUGGAAUAGCGAGUGUCUAAGAGGGGAUGUUGGCGCUGGCAACGCAACGUCAUUCCCACAGUCAAUUGGUCUCGCGGCUUCCUUUAAUCCACAACUACUGUAUGAAGUGUCUGAAGCUACAGCCGUAGAGGUACGAGCCAAGCACAACAACUUCCGUAAAAACAAUGAUUACUCAGACCAUACUGGUCUCAGCUGCUUCAGUCCUGUCAUCAAUAUCAUGAGGCACCCAUUGUGGGGGCGCAAUCAGGAGACAUACGGAGAGGACCCUUACCUGUCUGGCCUGCUCGCCCAGGCUUUUGUGCAUGGUCUGCAGGGACAACAUUCCAAGUAUAGGCAUGCCAAUGUUGUAUGUAAACACUUUGCAGCCUACAGUGGGCCAGAAGAUCGACCAGUCUCCCGUCUCCGCUUCAAUGCUCAGGUAAAUGAACGUGACCUUCGGAUGACCUUUCUACCCCAGUUUGAGGCCUGCGUGAAAGCUGGGGCUGGGGGCAUCAUGUGUAGUUACAACAGUGUCAAUGGUAUACCAUCCUGCACCAACAAGAAGCUGUUGACAGACAUUUUAAGAAAGGAAUGGGGCUUUGAUGGGUUUGUGGUCAGUGAUGCUGGGGCAAUGGAAUUCAUUGUCAUUGACCACAUGUAUUACCCUGAUGCUAUUACGACUGCAGUAGGAUGCGCUGAGGCUGGUCUCAACCUGGAGCUUUCACCUGGAACAUUUAUUUACAGGACACAGAUCUUCAGGUACCUUCUCAAGGCCCUGGAGAUGGGGUUGGUAACUAAGCAACUGCUUAUUGAGAGAGUGAAGCCAUUAUUCCUCACCAGGAUGAGGCUGGGGGAAUUUGAUCCACCUGCAUUGAACCCUGAUAAUAGACUGAAUCUGUCGGUCAUCCAAAGUCCAGAGCACAGAAAAUUAGCCAUCAAGGCAGCUACCCAGUCUCUUGUUCUGUUGAAAAAUUUAAAGGAAUUCCUACCAAUCAGGAAACAGUUAACAACAGUAGCAAUUGUAGGUCCUAUGGCUGACAACCCAUCACAGUUGAUGGGUGACUAUUCCCCUGAUGUCGACCCAAGGUUUAUGACAACACCAAGGAGUGGGUUAUCUCCCCUUGGUGUAAAAGUAUUGUAUACAGCAGGUUGUAAUGACAUUGCUUGUGACCGCUAUGAUCAGUCAGGGGUCAAGUCUGCAGUUUCUGAGGCAGAUGUGACAGUUGUUUGUCUGGGAACAGGUAAAGCUCUGGAGACAGAAACAAUGGACCGUGUAGACAUGUCCCUCCCUAUCGGCCAGAUCCAGCUUCUCAAGGAUGCGGUACACUUUGGUAUAGUGCAAAAAAAAAAAAAAAAAAAAAAGCAAAAACAAAAACUACUUAAUUAUUGUUAUUACAAACAGAUUGACACAGUCCUAUCUCCAUUACUUGUAGGCAGAGGGAAGGUGGUGUUACUUCUGUUUAGUGCUAGUCCUGUCGACAUCAGAUUCGCCCAGACUUCUCCAGAAGUGAUAGCCAUUAUCCAAUGCUUCUUCCCAGCCCAGGCCACAGGAAGCGCUCUCUACAAUGUUCUCACCUUUGCCAUGCCUGACAGUAACCCAUCAGGACGACUUCCCUUUACUUGGUACUCGGACAUGAGCCAGGUGAGCUCUAUGACUGACUACAACAUGACCAACUUGACGUAUAGGUAUUUUUCUGGUGAUCCAUUGUAUCCGUAUGGCUAUGGCCUGUCCUACACACUAUUCAGAUACAGUGACCUGAUCAUCACACCAGCCAAGGUCAAGAUCGGGAAGAAAUGUCACAGUGACAUUCAAGGUUACCAAUGUGGGGAAAUAUGAAGGAGCUGAGGUGUCCCAGAUCUACAUAUCAUGGCAGAAUGUCAGUGACAUGCCUCGUUACCAGCUAGUGAGCACAAGAAGGCCUCACCUGAUCCCAGGACAGACAGAGUCCUGUAAAGUUAUCAUCACUGCCCGACAGACAGCAGUGUGGGAGGGGAGAGGUCUAGUCAACAAACCAGGUGUGAUAACAGUGUUUGUAGGAGGUCAGUUACCUGGACAGAAGACAACAGUUCCAUCCAAUAUUUUAACAGGAAAGUUCACUGUGUAUAGCUGAGGAUAAAUCAUGGUCGUAGACUAUUUAAAAAAAAGUUCAUUAUGCCUGAAGGAUUUUGAUAUGGUAACUCCAUACAGGGGUACUGAGGCUGUCCCAACUCAGUACUGUAUAGUCUUCUCAUACAGGGGUACUGAGGCUGACCCAACUCAGUACUGUAUAGUCUUCUCAUACAGGGGUACUGAGGCUGUCCCAACUCAGUACUGUAUAGUCUUCUCAUACAGGGGUACUGAGGCUGUCCCAACACAGUACUGUAUAGUCUUCUCAUACAGGGGUACUGAGGCUGUCCCAACUCAGUACUGUAUAGCCUUCUCAUACAGGGGUACUGAGGCUGUCCCACAUCUGUAUAGCCUUGCCUAAUACAUUAAAUCUCAGCUUCCCGAAGAAGCCGUGUGAAUUGUUGACUGCAAUAUCAAUACCUUGGCUCUCACAAGAUACCACUUUGGUGAUGCUAAAACAUACACUCACAUGUAAAUGUCAUGUAUACCAGUGGUCGUGGUACAUGUUGUGUACCAGUGGUCGUGGUACAUGUUGUGUACCAGUGGUAGUGGUACAUGUUGUGUACCAGUGGUAGUGGUACUUGUUUUGUACAAGUGGUACAUCUUGUGUACAAGUUGUGUACCAGUGGUAGUGGUACAUGUUGUGUACCAGUGGUAGUGAUACAUGUUGUGUACCAGUGGUAGUGAUACAUGUUGUGUACCAGUGGUAGUGGUACAUGUUGUGUACCAGUGGUAGUGAUACAUGUUGUGUACCAGUGGUAGUGGUACAUGUUGGGUACCAGUGGUAGUGGUACAUGUGGUACCAGUGGUCAAAUUGACUUAUUUUUAGCCCAUCAUCAUCAGAUGGUGGGCUAUUCAAAUCACCCUGCGUCCGUGGUCCGUCCGUCCGUCCGUAAACAAUUCUUGUUAUCAUUAUUUCUCAGAAA